GAGAGGUCAAAGGGUGACGGUGCUCAGUCUGUACAGCAGCAUCAAGCAGAGCUGAUCAAGAGAGCUGAGGAGAAUGCACAUGCUUUUCUAGACAAGGAGCUGAAGAAGAUCUGGAGGGAUCUUUUCAUAGAUUACCCACAAAGCUCAGAGAUUCAGAGGGAGGAGGAGGGGGAGGGUAAGAACGAGGAGCAGAGGAGGCGUGCCAUAGAGGGAGUUGUGGACAUCACAAAGCUCUGCCUGAUGGAUAUGAACCAGGAGGAACUGGCCGACUCACUGUGGAGUGGAGCUGUUUCUGUCCAGCACCGGCAUAUACUCAAGUCUUAUUUGAAGAAGAAGUUCCAGUGCGCGUUUGAGGGAAUCGCUAAAGCAGGACAGCCAAAACGUCUGAAUGACUUCUACACAGAGCUCUUCAUCCUAGAGAGAGUCAGUGGAGAGGUCAACAAGGAACAUGAGGUAAGACUGAUAGAGAAGGCUUCCAAGAAACCAGCCAAUGAGGAAACACCAAUCAGAUGUGAAGACAUCUUUAAACCCUUACCUGGACAAAGUAAACCAAUCAGAACAAUAAUGACAACCGGAGUGGCCGGCAUUGGUAAGACAAUCCUAACACACAAGUUCAUUCUGGACUGGGCGGAAGGCAAAGCCAACCACGACAUAGACUUCACAUUUCUCCUCACUUUCAGAGAGUUGAAUUUACUGAAAGGGAAAGAGUUUAGCUUAGUGGAACUUCUUCAUCAGUUUUCUGUUGAAGCCAAAGAAUCAGGACCCUACAUAUCCGACCAUGACCAAGUAGUCUUCAUCUUGGAUGGUCUGGAUGAAUGUAGACUUCCUCUGGACUUCCAGAACAACCCGAUCUGGACUGAUAUCACAAAGCCGACCUCAGUGGACGUGCUGCUGACAAACAUCAUCAGGGGAUUCCUGCUUCCCUCUGCUCACAUCUGGAUAACCACACGCCCUGCGGCAGCCAAUCAGAUCCCUGCUGAGUGUGUUGACUUGGUGACAGAGGUGAGAGGGUUCACUGACCCACAGAAGGAGGAGUACUUCAGAAAGAGAUUCAGAGAGGGGACACUGGCCAGCACAAUCAUCUCUCACGUCAAGAAAUCUCGAAGCCUCCACAUCAUGUGUCAUAUACCAGUCUUUUGUUGGAUCACUGCUACAGUUCUGGAGGACUUCUUCAAACCAUCCCAGAGAGGAGAAGAGGUGCCCAAGACAGUGACUCAGAUGUACAGCCACUUCCUGAGGGUUCAGUCCAUACAGGGGGACAGAAAGUAUCGUGGGAGAGCUGAAACAGAUCCACACUGGAGUUCAGAGAGCACGGAGAUCAUUGUUUCGCUGGGGAAACUGGCUUUUCACCAGCUGGAGAGAGGCCAGCUGAUCUUCUAUGAGGCAGACUUGGCAGAGUGUGACAUUGAUAUCAAAGCAGCCUCAGUAUACUCAGGAGUGUUCACCCAGAUCUUUAAAGAGGAGUGUGGGCUGUACCAGGACAAGGUUUUCUGCUUUGUCCAUCUGAGCAUCCAGGAGUUUCUGGCUGCCCUUUAUGUAUUUCUGCAUCAUAUCAACACUGGUUUCAACCUGCUCUCAGAAGAACUGCCAACAUCCAGGGAAGCUGAACUCCUCCUCUACCAGAGUGCUGUGGACAAGGCCUUACAGAGUGAGAACGGACAUCUGGACUUGUUCCUCCGCUUCCUCCUGGGCCUCUCUCUAGAAACCAAUCGGAUGCUCCUACAAGGUCUGCUGGGACCAAGGGGAAAUACAUUACUGGGAAAUCUAACUAAAAAGGUUCUGCCGGGAAAGACCGAAAGGAGGUCACAGAUCAUUGCCCAAAUAGUCCAUUACAUCAAGGAGAAAAUAGGUGGACAUCUCUCUCAAGAGAAAAGCAUCAAUCUGUUCCACUGUCUGAAUGAGCUGAACGACCGUUCGCUAGUGGAGGAGAUCCAAAAGUACCUGACAUCUGGAAGUAUCUCCAGAGAAUCUCUCUCCUCUGCUCAGUGGUCAGCUCUGGUCUUCAUCUUACUGUCAUCAGAAGAGGAGCUGGACGUGUUUUACCUCAAGAAAUACUCUGCUUCUGAGGAGGGUCUUCUGGGGCUACUGCCAGUGAUCAAAGCCUCCAAAACAUCUCUGCUUAAUGGCUGUAAGCUGUCAGAGAGAUGCUGUAAAGCUCUGGCCUCAGUUGUCAGCUCCAACUCCUCUAAUCUGAGAGAGCUGGACCUGAGUACCAAUGAUCUGCUGGAUUCAGGAGUGAAGCUGCUCUCUGCAGGACUGGAGAGUCCACACUGUACUUUGGAAACUCUCAGGCUGAAUGGCUGUCAGCUGUCAGAGAGAUGCUGUGAAGCUCUGGCCUCAGUUCUCGGCUCCAACUCCUCUAGUCUGAGAGUGCUGGACCUUAGUACCAAUGAUCUGCAGGAUUCAGGAGUGAAGCUGCUCUGUUCUGGACUGGCGAGUCCACACUGUACACUGGAAACUCUCAGGUUGUCUGGCUGCCUGAUCACACAAGAAGGCUGUGCUUCUCUGGCCUCCGCUCUGAGCUCCAACCCCUCCCAUCUGAGAGAGCUGGACCUGAGCUACAAUCACCCAGGAGACUCAGGAGCUACGCUGCUCUCUGCUGGACUGGAGGAUCCACGCUGGAGACUGGACACUCUCAGUGUGGAGCACGGUGGAGUGUGGAGGCUGAAACCAGCUCUAAAGAAGUAUGCCUGUGAGCUCACACUGGACCCAAACACAGCCCACAGACUAUUCUCACUGUCUGAGGACAACAGAAAGGUGACGCGGGUUGAAGAGGACCAGUCGUAUCCUGAUCACCCAGAGAGAUUUGACUCCUGCCCCCAGGUGUUGUGUAGAGUGGGUCUGACUGGCCGCUGUUACUGGGAGGUAGAGUGGGAAGGACAUGUUUAUAUUGGAGUGGCAUACAGAGGUAUCUCAAGGAGAGGAGCGGGUAAUGACAGCUGGCUUGGAUCGAGCAACAAGUCCUGGAGUCUUGUUUGUUGUGAUGAUGGUUACGUUGCCCGUCACAACGGUAGUCAAACAACCAUGCCUCUCCCACCUGCUCACUCUAACAGAGUAGGAGUGUAUCUGGACCGGCCUGCUGGCACUCUGUCCUUCUACAGAUUGUCUCCAGGUCUAGGAGGGUCCUCGGACACACUGACACUCAUCCACACCUUCCACUCCACCUUCAAGGAGGACCUCCUCCCUGGGUUUAGUUUACGGAAGUCUGGUUCCUCAGUUCUGUGUCCAUUUUAGUUACAUUGACAUAAAACACACACACAAAAACAUAUCAUUCAUGAAUCUAUAAACACAUACACACACGUAUACAGACAUAAACACACAUAUGUACAUAGACAUGAACACACAAACACCCACCCACACACACACAUCGUUUAUGAAUCUAUAUACACACACACACACACACACACACACAUACAGACACACACAUACACACAUAUGUACCGAAACAUAAACACACCAACACAUUGUUCAUAAAUCUAUAAAGAUAUCCACACACGCAUAAAAAAACACGAACACACGCGCGCACACACACACGCACACUUAAAAACACACACACACACACACAGACAGAUGUACACAGACAUGUGUAUACAGACAUACACACACACAUACUCAUCGUUCAUUGACAGCAGUUCUGUGUGCCGAUGAGAAGCAGCAGGUAACAUCAGUGUCUCUCGUGGUUCAUCUCUCAGCCCUCUCUGUGUUCAGCUGGGCUGCUGAGCGUCAGAUUAGAGGGGGCCGCUUGGGUCUGGGGGGUCCUCACAGUCCUGACGUUGUUGAGGACCAGCUGUUAGGGGGACGUUUGAAUACCUGUGGACCCAUGGACGUACCUGUGGUGCAUCGGGUUGUUGAGCAGCAGCUGUGGGUGCUCUGAGGGGUCAACCCGUUCAGUGGAAAUACAACACUUUGGGAUUGAUUUAAAUACUCCACUGUACGCCAAAGGAUUCAUUUUAUUGGGCUUCUAAAAGGUUCAGCAUACAUACAUCAAAGGAAUUUUAAGUUCUUCCAUUGGGUUAAGCAGGUUGUACAAAGAUUUACUUUCUAUCGUAAAAAUGUGUUUUAAAUGUUGAUUGAUGGUACAUCAUUUCUUUACUACAAUAUUUUAUAUAUUUUCAACAUCGUAAUAAAGGGAUUUGAUAUCAGUUUUUAUUUUGCCAUGCCUGACAUGGAACGUGAUUUAAAGCAGAUUUAACAACAUGAUCAUAAAUUAUGUUAAGGGUUUUAUGGGUAAGGGUAAAGAUGUUCAUGUGGUGAAUGACUUCAAACUGAAGAUCUUUGUGUUCUAUUGGGAACAACAAGUCAACAUGUUUGGUUAUUAAAGACCUGUUUAUGAUUUUUAAUAUUCAUAAGGCAUAACGUUAAUAAACAACUCAGUUGGUCUA